CAACUUAUGCCCUAAUAGCGGUGUUGUGAAUGCGCUCUUGAAACAGUCAACGCGCGACAACCGACUCUACCGAACCAGCUGCCACAAAUAGCCGGGAUAUCGGUAUCAGCGAAAUAAUUGGUAUUUGUAUUGACUGUUUAUUGCCAAAUUUGAUAGUUUUUCUUUUUGGCAAGGCGAAAAAAGCAGAAAAAUAAUUAUCUAAACAUUUCUAAUUUGUAUUCGUGCUUUAAUUAAUGUGACUGAUCAAUAAAUCCAAAUUGUAUUGUAUUGGAUUGUAUUUGCAUUAACUACAGUGAGAACUAAUAAAUUUUGCUAUGCAAAGGGCGCUCGAGCUGACUUAGCGUGUGCGCUUGUAAUUUAGUCCCCAUGUACUGGUAGUGAGCAACAAGAAAUUUACAGUUCAAUAAUAACACAAGUGCUCGUUAAAUAUUUGAAUUGAUUGAAGUAACAUAAGCUAUAGCGCCUAAAAGCAGGCAAUCACUGCCAAAAUUAAAACACAUCGAAGCGCGCGCUACUCCAGUCACAUUUAGUCAUUCGCUGGAUGCGCGCAAUUAAAUCGUACCUUAAUGGCUUUGUCGCUUAGUUCGCCCCAAGCAGCUCAGCAAAUGCCCUCUUCGACAGUGUGGACACGGCAGUCGCAGCCGCAGGAGCGUUCGAUGUAUGCGACGUCCGUAGCCGUUACACCGCAGAAUCAACAACACAAGUCCGCACCUUUGCGUCUCCAAAAACAAAAUUCAUUUACAGAAGCGAAUAGAACACAAUAUAUUGCAGGUGGUAAUGCUAAUUUGUUGGCAGCGCGUAGAGCCGGUAGUGGUUACUUGACACGUGGUCUCUCCGUGGAUCGUUCACUGGAAAAUAUUCGCAAGAAAGUGCAUACCCAAAGCUCCACUGCAGUUGGUGCACAUGAAGCACAGUCCAAACGCAUUAUCACUCGCAAAUCUGCUAAGAGUGGUGGUGGUGAAAAAUUGAAAGGCAUAAAAACUUCAACAUUCGCUGAUGGCAAGCAUAGCUAUAUGCGAGCAAACUCCACAUCAUCGCUUUUGAAGACAUUGGAUCAUGAGCUGAAGCAAGUCAAUGGACAAUUAGUGCAACGCUUUAACUACAAUAGUGUUUGUGUUCCCGCGAGUGUUGAAGAACAAACUGGGCUUGAAAGUUUUAGCAGCAAGUCAAAUACGCUACUGCCAUCGUCCGAGCAAGAGGACAAAAUUAAAAAUUCCUCACCAGCACUAAAAAAGGAUAGUAGUAAAGUUAAUUUGAAUAUUGUGCUAUCACAUGCGAUUAAUUAUAUACCAAUAAACGGUAACGAGUCCAACAACAGUGAUAUUGAAAGCUCUUCAGAAAACGCAGAGCCUUAUCGCAAAUCAAAAUCAACAACAACGCGUAUAUUGCGCACAGAUUUGCCUGCUCGUACGAAUGUGUCAGCAACUGCCGCCGCUACUGCUGCCACUAGUACAACAAUAACUGCCAAUGAUACUGUCCAGCAACGUCGCGCACAAUUUCGCUCUAGUCGCAAUGUCACAAUAAACACCAACACUAGCCAGUCGAACACCAGUCAACUCAGUGUACCAUCGGUUAAUAACGCUACUUUAGCAAUUAAUAAUCAGCAACCAACAGCAACGGCUGUCACAUCUUUGACUUCCAAUUGUAGUGGUGGUACGCUCAACGUUACACCAUCACUAAUUGUACAACGUCGACCGCCAUUGGUGCGUGCUAUGUCUGCGCCAGUACGUUCACGUUCGCUCGAUGAGAAUUCCAAAGGAGUUUUUGCUUUUCAAAAACGCAAAUUACGUCGUCGUAAAUUGAUAACACGUAACGCUAGCGUUUGCGAGAAAUCUGAACCAGCGGCAUCCGAAUUUGGCGGUAGCGGUAGAGGUGGUGGUGCUGCAGAUAGGAGUGAUCUUCUCUACGAUUCGAAUGGGUUUAGUGGAAAGAAACAGCCAUUAACACGUACACGUUCCACGCUAGCUGUUGAUGUAAUUACAUUGGUUUCACUUGUUAGCUCUGAGGGUAGUGAUUCGGAGAAGGAAGAUUCUGCACCGGAAACAGGACGUGGCAAUGCAGAACGUUCGCGCAGCACUGGUGCGCCAUUUUUACGGAAGACGGGUAAAUCAGUUUCCUUCCAAGAAAACUAUCCACCAAAUUUUCAACUUGCCACUAAGGAAUAUUCGCAUAUGAUACGUCGUGGUUCCGUAGCACCACUAGCUGCACGUUUACGCUCCAAUAGACCACCUACAGCACCACCAGUAUCGAUAUUUAUGAAUGAAGCCAAUACGAACAGUUCAAUGGCAACUAAUGCAAUUGAAAAUGUGGCGAGCCGAGAAAACGGUGGCAGUGACUCAAACUCCAAUAUUGUAUCGGACAGCACACAAAACACCACGAAAACUUCUACGGAGCACACAUUAAAUGAUAAAGAAAAUGAAGAAUACAUUUAUCCAGAGUAUGUGCGCAGCUUGAAGGAGCGCGAGUGCUGGAAGUUAUAUCGGAAAAUGUCGGUUAAAGGUGUCAGCGUUACGUAUGAGACGGUGUUACGUGGCAUGUUGACUCCAACAGAGUUUCGACAAAUACAAAAACAACGUGAAAUAGAAGAAGCUAAAGCCCGUGCAUUGGAGGAAGAGAAGGAUGGCGCAUUAGAACAACAUACGCCCACAUCAGCCGUAGAUCGUUUAACACAAAAAUUAUUAAAGAAAUAGUUGAAAACUGUAGAAGAAAUUUUGAAAUACAUCUUCAAGAUGUUUGUAAAGUUCUCAGUUGAAUAUUGCUGUUUUAAAUUUGUUUCUAGUGAAAUUAAAUAGACGAAUUAUUGCACAGUGUAGAUGAAAGCUUUGUUAUAGUGAGCAUUUUUUAAUAAACUUCACCAAAGUGCGCUU